UGUUAAAAAAUAUGAUAGAAGAUUAUAACCCCCAUAAUCCAUUCGGAAUCCUAAGAUGCCGUUGGAUCAUAAGAGGAUAAAUGGACCCGAUGAAACGUUGCCUUACAGUUUAUUUGCGAAACAAAGUACACCAUCAUGGAAUCAGAUAUUCAAAGAACUACAGAAAGAAGGAAAACGAAGUGAUGCUAGAGGAUUCUUGGAUCACAGAAAAGUUUUCCUAAAGACCGGCAUUGUGAGCCAGGCGAAAGGAUCAGCUUAUAUAGAACUUGAUAAUUCCAAAGUAAUUGUCUCUGUGUUUGAUCCACAUGAAAUACCAAACAGACAAGACUACUCUCUCAAAGGAGAAAUCUACUGUGAAUUCAAGUUUGCUCCAUUCAGUUGCAAAAAACGUCGUUUACACCAGAAAGAUAAUGAAGAAAACCAAUACAGUGCCAUCAUGAAGCAAGCUUUAGAAUCAACAGUGUGUAGACAUGAGUUUCCAAAUUUUCAAGUUGAUAUUUAUGCUCUAGUACUCCAUAAUGAUGGAUCCUGUCUUAGUGCAGCAAUAACUGCAGCUGGUAUAGCACUAUCUCAUGCUGGUGUUCCUAUGUAUGACAUCAUAACAUCUGUAACAUUAGGAAUUCAAAAAGACAUGAUACUUCUGGACCCAAAUGUCUUGGAGCAAUCACUUUGUUCUGGGCCUAUCUUAGAUGACACCAAGAAUAGUGAUCAUGGUAUUGUGGUUAUUUCUAUUUUGAAUAACCACAACCAGAUAUCACAGUUUUACCAGUCUGGGAUGAUUUCUUUAGAAAAACUGAAUCAAACUGUUGAAUUACUUCAAAAAGCCUGUUCAGAUUUGGUACCUCUCAUUCAAAAAUGUCUGGUAAAACAUGUAAUUAAGACUUUAAAGUCUAGUGGGGAAGGGUGAAUAACAAUGCAUUUGAAAUUUUUAUAUUAACCAUACAUUCUAUGUAUAUUACUAAUAAGUUGGAAUUGAUAAUAUACUAUAUUUUCAUUCCUUUCAAAUCAACAUUUAGUGCACAGAAUUAUUUGAUAUUGAAAUGCAUUUCAACAUGAUGAUUACAAAAUUUUUAGAGAAGCAUGAUCAACAUAUUUGCAAUAGUAUUGUUCAUUCCUAUUAUUGUAGCCAGGACCAAAUUGUUUGUUUUUAUUCAUUUGUAUUUUUUAUUCAAACCUAAUAAGUAUAUAAUUCAACCCAUUAUCAAAUAAAUACCCAAUUUAUUUAAUUCAGAUA